AUGAAAACUCAAGUACGAUUAACAGUUAAUAAUUGUUCUUAUUGCAAUAGACCGUUUUCUGAGAAAUUUUGGUGUAAAGAAUGUGAUCCUCGGAAUAUAAUCGAAGGAUGGACUAGUGGAAAUUAUGACAUUGAUAAGUUCAUUAAAGAUACAAUAUAUGAUGCAAGGCAUAAUGAAGAAGCAAGAUUUCUUGGAUGGGUGCCUUUUGAUAGGUUCACAAAUAUAAAAGAAAUUGGUGAAGGAGGUUUUGCAAAAGUUUAUGCUGCAAUAUGGUUAGACGGGAUAUCACAUUUUCAAAAGCAAGAUGAUGGAAGUUGGAAAAAAUUAGUUCCAAAACCUAUGAUGGUUGCUUUGAAAAGGUUGAUUGGAUCACGAGAUAUGUCAGCCAAAUUUCUUGAUGAGCUUCAAGCACAUUGGGAUUUAUGUAAUGUUGGUAAUUUAUCAUUAAAUUUUUAUGGAAUAACUAAGGAUCCAGAAACCAAAGAGUGUAUGAAUGAGAAUCCAAAUCAAAGACCAACAACCGAAGAAUUGUGUGGUAUAUUGAAUUUUUGGAAUCUUUCCGUUCAUUAUAAUGUUUAUACAGGUACUGAAAAAUAUGCAUAUUAUGGAAAAGAGAUAAGGGAAGGAUUUGAAGAAGCCGAUAAAGAGAUUCCAAAUAUAUCAAUCUUGAGUAAAGCAAAUCCUGAUGCUGUAUAUACAAGUAGAGCAUUUGCAUAUAAAAAUCUAACAAAUCCUAUUAAUUCGGUUCUUAUUACUUCAUACCUUGAAAAAGAUUCUAAAUUAUUUGAUUUAGACAUUCCAUCUAAUUACGAUAUUACACAUUAUGAUUAA